AUGGAGGGUGCUCAGUAUCGUGGAAAGGGUUUCAAACUGUCGCCAACGUUCCUUGUUCAAGUGACAGCAUUGCACGCCAAAUUUACUACGUCAAUCUUUGCCAUACCAGGCCUCGAGGAUAGAAAGGAGAGUCUUGGCCUAGAGAUAUUAACGACCAACAUGAAGCAAUUUCAAGCCUUACUGUUGAUAUUUACUAUAACAACUGCUGAAGUUACGCCAUAUUGUGUUUGCCCACCUGGCACAUAUCCAUGUUAUCCAAUAUAUCCCGGAUACCCUUAUGGAUAUAAUGGUUUUGUAUACGGCGGCGGUCCCGUAGGACCUUUUGGAAUUGCAGGAGUUGAUCCACUAACCGGAGCUGUAACAGGAGCGAUAAUAGGUGGAUUGACUGGAUUGUUAGGAGGAGCGAAGAAGAAGUAA